GCAAUUACGAGAGAAGACAAGAUGUCGGCAACACAUUCGCAGCCAUUGUUGACGAGGCUUUUGACGUUCAAGCAGGCAAAUGCUUCGCCUCUUAUCUCGUUCUUGCCAACGUUGUCGCAGUCUUUGGUGCCGGUGACUCGAUCCUUCGUAAAAAAGGCACUGUUGCAAGAUUUGAGAGUUCUAUACGUUACAUCUGAGUCUAACACUAAGCAUGUACGAAACAUUUAUGGUGCUGAGACCGAGGUCAUCGAGACUCUUCGACCAUCACCAGAUGGGUCCUCCUACAACCGACUUUCAGUCACGCAAACCCUCGCUGAAAUCAAAUCACGGAUAACAUCUGCAAACUGGACGCCCGGAAAGUACAUACUGGUGAUCGAUUCUCUGCGAUACAUUGAUGCUGAGAACGUUGCUGCGUUCGUGGGUGCAUUGGCGAGUCUGCGGCCAUUGAGUGUGUUAGUGACGUGUUCAACGUCGGUGCCGGAGGUUGGUGGGACGUAUUCGCCUGGGAAGGAGACUUUGUUGAGGUAUCUGUCAACGACGAUUAUCUCGCCGUUUGAGGAGAAGACGUUUGGGGCCGUCUCUUUAGAUGACGAGAAACCGGUGUGGCCACUACAACUAUCAGCACAAAGACAAAGAGAUCUCUUACUCACCGUCGAGCAUCGAAGAAAAUCCGGACGUGCGGUAGUGGAAGAAUGCGUCUUCGACAUCGUUUCCUCGACAGUGAGGCUAUACAAACCACCAGCACCAUCUCUACCACCACCGAAGGAGGAGCCAAGUGUCGACGAUGUUAUGGCAGGCCUGACGACAUUUAAUUUGGGCAUGACGGAGAGAGAGAGGAAGCAGAAGGAGGGUGUUGUGUUGCCGCAUUUUAGUGCGCAGGAUCUGGGCGGGGAGAAGGACGAGAAGGGGGAUGAGGGGAGCAUAUGGUAUGAGCCGGGGAGCGAAGAUGAUUAUGAUCCGGAGGAUCCGGAUGAUGACCUGUUCCUGUAAGGUGGGAAGGAUAAGAGUGGGAAGAGAUCCAAAUGGGAAGCAUUCGGACGGAAGAUCAGAAUAGGUAGUGCCAUGACAACCACCGCCGAGGCUGCUACAAACGGCUUCUGAGGUUCUGAAAAGGUGGCCUCGUAUGUACAUCGUGUUGCCCAACUAGGAAAGUGGCAGAUGGACCACGAAAAUUCCGCCAAAAAGUUUAAUUUGAAGC